AUGACAACGGUUGGGGGCAACCUGAGCAUCCUGGCAGCGGUCUUGGUGGAACCCAAACUCCACACUCCCAUGUACUUCUUCCUGGGGAAUCUUUCAGUGAUGGAUGUGGGGUGCAUCAGUGUUACUAUUCCCUCCAUGUUGGUUAGGCUCUUGGCCCACAAGCUUACAGUUCCGUAUAGAGCCUGCCUCACACAGCUCUUCUUCUUCCAUCUGCUGGCUGGGGUUGACUGCUUCCUGUUGACAGCCAUGGCUUAUGACCGCUUUCUGGCCAUCUGCCGGCCCCUCACUUACAGCACCCGAAUGAACCAUUCAGUCCAGAGGAUCUUAGUGGCCUCGUCCUGGGCUUGUUCCUUCGGCAAUGCACUGAGCCACACUGUCGCCAUGUCCACACUUCACUUCUGUGGCCCCAAUGUGAUCGAUAACUUCUACUGUGACCUUCCCCAGCUCUUCGAACUGUCCUGCUCCAGUACCCAGCUCAAUGAGCUGCUGCUCUUUGCACUGAGUUUCAUAAUGGCAGGAACCCCCAUGGCACUCAUUUUUACCUUUUACAUACACAUGAGAGCUACAGUUCUGAAAAUCUGCUCUGCUGAAAGCAGGAAGAAAACCUUCUCCACAUGCAGCUCUUACCUUACUGUAGCUGCCAUAUUUUAUGGCACAGGUGUUUUUGCCUACAUGAGACUCAGUUCCAUCAAACUUUCAGAUAAGGAUAAAGCUAUUUGGGAUUUUCAACACUGUCAUUAA